AGUACCCACACUACCCGGCUUGUGGUUGUUACAGAAAAUGUUGUCUUCUCCGACAGGGAGCUAAUUUUACAACAACAAACACAUUUCUUGAUUUGUGGAAAAAAUGCCUCGUUAUGCUCAGAUAGUUAUGGGCCCUGCGGGUAGCGGUAAGAGCACCUACUGCGCUACGAUGAUCCAACAUUUUGAGUCAUUGAACCGUUCUGUUCAAGUGGUCAAUCUGGAUCCUGCAGCUGAGCAUUUUGACUACCCUGUUAUGGCAGACAUCCGUGAACUCAUUCAGGUGGACGACGUGAUGGAGGAUCAAUCUCUCAGGUUUGGCCCCAACGGCGGUCUGGUCUUCUGCAUGGAAUACUUUGCCAACAACUUCGACUGGCUGGAAGAAGCCCUGGGUCACGUCGAGGAUGACUACAUCCUGUUUGACUGCCCAGGUCAGAUUGAGCUGUAUACUCACCUCCCUGUCAUGAGGCAGCUGGUGGAACAGCUCCAGCAGUGGGAGUUUCGGGUGUGUGGAGUCUUUCUGGUCGAUUCCCAGUUCAUGGUGGAGUCUUUUAAGUUUAUCUCAGGAGUCAUGGCGGCCCUGAGUGCCAUGGUGUUGUUGGAGAUUUCACAAAUAAACAUCAUGACGAAAAUGGAUCUGCUCAGUCCCAAAGCCAAAAAAGAACUUGAACAGUAUCUUGAUCCUGAUAUGUACUCCAUGAUGGGGGACAACUCUGACACCAUCAGAAGUAAAAAGUUCAAGAAGCUGACAAAAGCUAUUUGUGAACUGAUUGAUGACUACAGUUUGGUGAGAUUUAUGCCAUUUGACCGCACCGAUGAGGAGGGUAUCAACAUAGUGCUGCAACAUAUUGACGUCUCUAUACAGUAUGGAGAGGAUCUGGAAGUCAAAGAGCCAAAGGAAACUGACGAAGACCCUGGGGACACUAAUUAUGAUGAUUUUUUUCAAGGCCAAGUAGAAAGCUGAGAAAUGUCAUUUUAGGACUUCAUGACUUCUACUCGAGCUACCUAAAAGGCAAAUUAAGAACCAGGAAGUGAUCUACAAAGAGCCUCAAUGACUAAGGGACUUUGUUUUGUCGUUGCCUUUUGUUAUUUAUCCUGUUUGGUUUCAUUAUAAAUGUUGACGUUUUGUUCAAAAAACGGUGUAAAUAUUAUAUUUUAAUAAUAAUAAAAAUA